AUGCGUGAUUCCAGUUGCGAUCUCCAUCAAUCCCGAUCCCAUUCUCAAUUCCCAUCGGAGUCGCAACAAUCGCAGCAAACGGAAUCAAGUCACAACCCAUUAAAUUUCGAUCUAGACGAUUGGCAGAGAGACGUCCCUCAGGCGCUUCUUUUUCCCCAUUCUCUUGAUACCAAAGCACCUGGACGACAAGUCUUGUUGCGACACCAGAGAGUCAUUCUUGCGCCUCCUCCCACUCCACCUCCCAGUAUGGCGGGAACGACUGAGCGUGAGAUCAUGGACGAGAAGCGCGGCGGUAUGAUGGAUAUCAAGAUUGAGCGAAUGAAGCGCUGGUGGUUUGCGCUGAAGCAGCGAGCCACCCCCAAGCUGUUCCCCCAGGCAUGGCUCCUGUUCGUGAUCAUCAUCUUGAUCGCCAUGGGUGCUAUAGUCACUGGAUGGGGUGGUCUCGCAGCCGAGACGGUGCGCCACCAGACGUUGACACGUCCCUCUGGUGCGUCGGCCACUUCUGCGGCGAGACCUGCGCCGCCUAAUCUAGAGGCUAGUGCGUCUACUAGCACUUCGAGUGGCCUGAUGUGGUACAAUCCCACGGGAUAUGGUGCGGCGACGACUAUGGAAGGUACCGGCACUGCUUGGUCUCCUUACCCAACGAUGACGGUUACGGGACACCAUGUCCCAGAUGUACGAGUGAUCGUGACCUCUACUGAUGCCCCUACUGCCGAUCACGUGGCAAAGAAGGACAUCAUCACCGACUACGAGAUCACUCAUGUCACCACCGUACUCACCGACUGGGUCACUAGCUACAUCACCGCCGUAACAGUCGAGACCGUUCCCGGUGGUGCCUCUGUUCCCACUGCAAGCGCUGCCCCGACCCCGUCCACGACCUCGGAGCCCCGCGUCACCGCCGCCGCGACUAGCGGAAACCUCAUGUUCUGCCCUGACGCCAACCAUCCCAACGCCUGGACCCUCUGCGCCGCGCACCGCGCCGCCACCGGUCCCUUGGGAUCCUCAACCUCAACCUCCAUAGCAGCGCGUAACUGCAACCCAUUCAGCCUAGCCUACACGCUGAUCAAGACCGUGUGCACAGGAACCUGGAACCUGAUCUUCCACCACGACGAGACGCGCGCAGCAGCCCUGCGCCACAUCGACCGCUACCGCGUCUUCGACCUCGGCUGCCACUGCCAGGAUCUCCAGAGCCUGAUGCUCGCCAUGGUGGACGUGGUGGCUGUGCAGCAGCGCAUGCUGGAUGAUAAGGACCACGUUAUCAACCAUUUGAAGGAGGUGCUGGAGAGCCAGAAGAUGGUGAUGCAGGACCAGGACGCGGAGUUGGGGGAGACGCUGGGCGUUUUUGUGGAUGUGGUUGAGUUUGUGAAGGGGUUUAAGGGCGGCUUUGAGGAGGGUUUGAAGAAGGGUGGUGUGAAGAAUGCUACGGGCGUGAAGAAUGCUACGGACGUGUGA